AUGAUGUUUCUCCUGGAUGCGCGGAAGGCCUUGAGGCUGCCUCCCAAUCAGCUCUUGGGCAAUGGCCUCACCUUCUGCAACAUCAGCAUCCCCACCCAGCAGAUGCUCCAGAUGGACCUGCCGGAGCUGGCAGCCAUCCUUCACGAGGCCCUGGCCUCGACGAAGCAGGGCAGCUUGGAGUCGCAGAGAGAUCUCUGGCAGCUCACGACCAAAGCCUGUGAGAAGGGCCUGGAGAACCAGGUCAUGGGCAAAAUCCACAGGGGCCCGGAUACCGACAUGAAGUUCGCCGUGAACAACUCCUCCAAGCGUGCGCUGCCGGAUUUCGGCACUGGCCGCUGCGAGGCUGUGGUCACCAACGCGGGGCCCACGAUUUUUCUGCCGGCCCACGAGGGCAUGAACAUGUAUCUGGACAACAGCGUCUUCAGCUCCUGCAGUAGCAAGGUGUCCCCCGAGCUGAAGCAGGAGGCUCUGGAGGCACUGCGAACGCAGUUGCCCAAGAAGGCCUAA